AUGCGUCUUCUUUCUCAAGUCUUGAUAUUGACUGCCUGUCAAACACUCUUUGCUACUGCUCAACCCAUUGAAAAGCGAGCAACCAAAUUUACCUCGGUUUUUGCCUUUGGUGACUCUUACACGGACAAUAGAUCACUGAAUGACUUUUAUCAAUCAGGAUCAACGCAUGUUAGCAAAGAAAGCGCUCAAUUGGCUGGAGCUAGUUAUUUGGGUCGUGCUGCAGAUCGUGCUCUUUGGGUAGAAAAUCUGGUGCUUGACAAAUACACUGGUGCGGACCUUUAUGAUUUUGCCCGUGCAGGUGCAACAGCCAACAAUAAAUUGAUUUACAGAAACAUCCCAGACAUGGACACUCAAGUCAAUACGUUUAAGAAAUCGGAUGUUGCAAGCAAGAGCAAGUCCAAUGCUAUUCAUUUCUUGUGGAUUGGUGUUAAUGAUAUUAAUCUUCUUUGGGGAAAAUAUCAAGAUGAUACCAGUGAAAGAAGACAAACACUCGAUGGUAUUGUCAACACGAUCAAAAAUGAUUUGGACAUCGUUAAGAAUGCUGGUGCUAAAAAUAUUGUUCUAAUGGGCCUAAUUCCCUUGCAAGAGGUCCCCAUGUAUUACAAGAGUUAUUGCAAUGAUAGCUCUAGAGAAAAAUUAAAGCAAUUAAUCUUGAGCUAUAACAGCAAACUUAAGACACUCACUGAAGAGUUUGCUUCCAAGAACAAGGGCACAAAGAUUUUGUUCUUUGACUCGUAUGUACAAUUCUACAAAAUGUUUGACUCAAGUACAAUUGUAAACAACCGAUUCGUUAACUGCAACAAAGCAAAGAACUGCGACAACUAUAUUUGGUGGGAUGAGCUUCAUCCAAGUGGGGCCACUCACAAAAAGAUCUCUGAAACUGUUCACAACAAAAUUACUGAAGCAGGCUGGUAA